AUGCCUUCCUUUUGGAACAACAUUGUCUUUAGCCUUAAGGUUUCCGGUCCUCUUAUUCCGGUUUUGAGAUUAGUUGAUGGCGAGAGAAAGCCUCCUAUGGGAUACAUUUAUGCGGCUAUGGAUAGGGCUAAAGAAGCCAUUGCAAAAUCCUUUGGGGGAGUAGAAGAUAAAUACUCAGAUAUUUUUGAAAUAAUUGAUAAGAGGUGGAAUGUUCAACUUCAUUGCCCUUUGCAUGCAGCAGGUUAUUAUUUGAACCCAGAAUAUUUUUAUUCAAAUUUGAAAAUUGAAGAAGAUGAAGAGAUUGCAAAGGGUUUGUAUGCAUGCAUUGCAAGGUUAGUCCCGGAUGUCAAAGACCAAGACAAAAUUACUGAGGAGCUGUCCUUAUAUUCUAAAGCUGAGGGCCUCUUUGGUAAUCCCUUUGCUAUUAGACAGAGAAGUACACGAGGACCAGCUAAUUGGUGGGAAGCUUAUGGCAAGUCAACAAAACUUCUCCAAAAGUUUGCUAUAAAGGUUUUAAGCCUUACUUGCAGUUUUUCUGGUUGUGAACGAAAUUGGAGCGUGUUUGAGCAUCUUCAUAACAAGAAAAGAAAUAGGCUCGCUCAAACAACGUUGAAUGAUUUAGUGUUCAUCAAAUAA